GAUGACGGAGAGCUGUUUUCCUCCACGGCCCCUCCUCCUCCUCCUCCAUUAUGUACCUGCUCUCCUCUCAAUCCUGUCUCAUUCAGCAAAACUCACCUGAAAAGCAGAGGACUUGCCUCCAUCACAGAGAGAGAGAGAAACAACCCACAGGCCUACGUCACUGCAACAGACACCCUUCAAGUAACGACUGCUAAAGAGGAAGAGGUUUCAGCUGAAGGAACUUGAAAAACAAAUCUGCCAUCCACAAUGGUGUCUGGUGGGCUUCAAAUACUGGGCACAGCUCUGGGGAUCCUUGGCUGGAUUGGUGCCAUCAUUGUGUGUGCCAUUCCCAUGUGGAAAGUCACUGCUUUUAUUGGCAGCAACAUUGUCACCGCGCAGACCUCCUGGGAAGGUAUUUGGAUGAGCUGCGUGAUUCAGAGCACAGGCCAGAUGCAGUGUAAGGUCUACGACUCCAUGCUGGCUCUCAGCCAGGACCUCCAGGCCGCCAGGGCCCUGAUCAUCAUCAGCAUCAUCGUGGGCGUCAUGGCUAUCCUGCUCGCUGUAGCCGGGGGGCAAUGCACCAACUGCGUGGACGAUCCCUCAUCCAAGGCCAAGGUGGGCAUUGCAGCUGGGGUUAUGUUCAUCGUGGCUGGGGUCCUUCUUCUCAUCCCUGUCUGCUGGACGGCCCACUCCAUCAUCCGAGACUUCUACAACCCAUUGCUGGUCAGUGCCCAGAAGAGAGAUGGCGUAACAAUGGCUUCUCAAGGCCUCCAGAUGAUGGGUGUACUGCUGGCGUUUGUCGGCUGGCUGGGCACCAUCAUCACCUGCGCUCUGCCCAUGUGGAGAGUCACCGCUUUCGUUGGAGCGAACAUUGUCACGGCCCAGGUGAUCUGGGAGGGUCUGUGGAUGAACUGCGUGGUCCAGAGCACGGGCCAGAUGCAGUGCAAGGUGUAUGACUCCAUGCUGGCCCUGCCCCAAGACCUGCAGGCCGCCAGGGCCAUGGUGGUCAUCUCUGUGAUCGUUGGGGUGUUCGGCAUCCUCAUGGCCGUGGUGGGAGGAAAGUGCACCAACUGCAUGGAGGACGAGGUGGCCAAAGCCAAAGCCUGCAUCGUGUCCGGUGUGAUCUUCAUAAUAGCCGCCUUGCUGAUCAUGAUCCCGGUGUCGUGGUCAGCUCAUGCAGUGAUCAGGGACUUUUAUAACCCCAUGGUGAUCGCGGCUCAGAGGAGGGAGCUCGGGGCUGCACUGUACAUCGGCUGGGGCUCUGCUGGGCUGCUGCUGCUGGGAGGGGGCCUGCUCUGCAACAACUGCCCCCCAAAAGACGAGAGACCCUACAUACCUGCCAAGUUUGCCCCUGCAAGAACCGCAUCUCCAAACGUGGACUACGUGUGAGAAUCAGCAGCUGAAUAAGGUGUCUCUAGAUUUUGAUAUAAUUUUGAUUAAUUUUCUUGCAAAGCUAUUUAAUGUGCUGAAAAAUGUUUUGCUAAAGCUGAAGAAAACAUAAUUACAAUUCACUCUGUGUGUGUGGCUGAU